AUGGAGGACAUCAUCACCAACUUCGAGCUUGUUGGAACAAGGCUGCUUCGUGUGUGCCCUGUGUGUAAUCACACUCAGGAUAAAAAGUACAAUCUUGCUGAGGAGCAAGCUGUUCUUCAUGAACAGUGUCCGCAGUGCGGGUUUCACUUCCCAGUAUUGGAGGAGACGCUGUCAAGUUUUGCGGUCUUCAAGGAUGUUCCAGGUAUUCCGAUGCCAGAAGGGGCCCCGACAAAGGUCGAUGGUAGUAAAGUCGAUGGGAGACAGACUGAUGCGAACAAGGAGCCGAGUGGCUGUCCGAUGUGA